GUCGGCAAAUCCUGGAUAGUCUCGUUUGCCCGACCGCCUUAUUCCAUUUCAGCUAGCGCCGGUGGUUGCUAAUCACCUUUUUUUCCUUCGUUCUCACCAAGUCAUUCUUUCAAUGCACCUUUGUUUUCCAUGAUGAAUCCAUCUACCGCCGCUAUGCCCAAAGCCGCGGCUAUCCCCGCUCGUCUGCUGCGGACUUCGCGACAAUGCUCAAGCCAGAGCCCGGCGACCAGUAUUCGAUCAUCUACCCAGACCCGGGGUUAUCAUGUCUCCACAGGCUCUUCCCCCUCGAGGUGCCUGCGUGAUGGCUCUUCUAGCAGGAAAUAUCCCGUGUUUCAAUCGUCGAGGGGCUUCCAUACAACCGCUCCUCUCACCGCCAUUGCCGACCCUUAUAAGACCCUCGGAGUAGAUAAGGGUGCUUCCGCAGGAGAUAUCAAGAAGGCAUACUAUGGAAUGGCAAAGAAAUACCACCCGGAUACGAACAAGGAACCAAACGCUAAGGAAAAGUUCGCGGAGGCUCAAACGGCUUAUGAAUUGCUCUCGGACGCCAAUAAGAGAGCGCAGUUCGAUAAAUUCGGUGGUGCUGCAUUUGACCAGAACGGUGGCUUCGACCCCAGCGCUGCGGGUGGAAAUCCGUUCGCCGGCGCAGGAGGUUUUGGCGGAGGAGGUUUCGGCGGAUUUGGCGGUGGCUUCGGUGGUGGACCCUUUGGAGGCGGCUUUUCGCAGGAUAUCAAUUUUGAGGAUCUGUUCGGUGCUUUCACAGGUGGCGCUCGUCGUGCUGGCCGGGGCAGACGCAGCCCGUUCCAGGAGGUGCUGGUUGGUGAGGAUAUUGAGGUCCAAACCAACAUCUCCUUCAUGGAGGCCGCAAAGGGUACAUCGCAAGAUAUUGUCAUCAAUCCAUUGACUGAGUGCGGCACCUGUAAGGGUGACGGGUUGAAGAAGGGUGCUAAGCGUACCCAAUGUCGACAGUGUAACGGUACCGGAACCCGUGUGCACAUGAUGCAGGGAGGCUUCCAGUUAGCAGCCACUUGCGAUGCCUGUGGUGGAGCAGGGCUCAGCGUUCCUCGGGGAUCCGAGUGUGGCUCGUGCAACGGCAACGGAGUGGUUCGGGACCGUAAAACGAUCCAGGUUGAUAUCCCUGGUGGUGUGGAGGAUGGCAUGAGAUUGAGAGUGGCCAGCGAGGGAGAUGCACCUCCCACAGGAGCAAACGCACCCCCCGGUUCUCGUACCCAACGAGGUGACUUGUACGUCUCCAUCCGAGUCGCGCCCGACCAACGAUUUAGCCGCUCUGGAUCCGAUAUUCUGUACACGGCCUCCAUUCCUCUUACUACGGCAAUUCUUGGUGGUGAGAUGACGAUACCGACUCUGGACGGCGAGGUCAAGGUCAAGGUUGCUACCGGUACGGGUACUGGCGACAAAAUCACACUGUCCGGAAUGGGAAUGAAGAAACUCGGCGGCGGCCGGGCCAGGUUCAGCCCUACGGGUGACCUGAAGGUCGAAUUCAAGGUUGCCAUGCCGAAAUACCUGACGGGCAACCAGCGAACCAUUCUCGAAGUUCUUGCCGAUGAGAUGAACGACAAGACUGCCCGACGGAUCAUGGACGUUGGUAAGGAUGGCCCCAAAUCGGCUUCUGAAUCCAGCUCCGGAUCCGGUGACUCCAAAGACGAAGGAUUCCUUAAGUCCGCAUGGCACAAACUCAUGAACAGCAAAAACGCCGACGCCGAGAAAGAAUCCGGUACCGACCAAAGCACGAAGGGAUCGAGUGAUUCCAACAAGAACAAUGACGAGAAGAGCGAGAAGAAGUCCUCGGGCUCGACCUAAUAAUGGCGACAUGUGCCUUUUUGAAUACCAUAUUAUAUGUUUGGGCUUUCUCGGGUUGUAUUUACUUGACACACAUAUCAUAGCGUCGGCGAGAUCUGGGGGUUUGUUUUUAUCUACAUUCUGAAUGCUGGGAUGUUUCAAUGUACCUUAACUAUCUAUUCCGACCGCUUCUGGACGGUUGUUGUACCCUGAUCUUGGAGAGAGAAAGUGUGUGAGGGAUUGUAUUUUAUGUACUGUACCAUUAGAUUAGCACUCCACGAAGCCAUCUCUACUUUUCUUUUUAGUUUUUCUGAAGAGUUCGAUCAGGCCGAUCUCCUGUACAGCUUCUGCUGUAUGAUUGGGCGUCCCCGAAGCGCGGCGGCGGC